AUCACAGCUGGAUGCUCACAACCUAAUCCAGUCCCGCUCAGUGCCAUUUUUCGAAUCAGAAACGCCCCUUCCAGUUUCACCCCUACUCUUUCUCGCUCUGAGGCAAUGAUCCCAAUCUCAAUCCCCCAAAAAAGCCCAUAAAAACAAAAACAAAUGCCUCUCCAAACUCCUACUCCAGAUCCGCUGGAGGGCUAUUCGGGUCUCUCGCUUUUUGCUCGGACCUUCGCUGCCCUUCCAAACCCUCCUCGACCUUACGACCCUGACGAUCUUCAACACUCUCACGAUUUCCUCAAAUCCAUGCCAUUGCAAAGUCCUAAUAAGCUUAUAGAGCAAGCCAAAGCAAUUGUUGAUAGUAGUUCAGAGCUCAUGGACUUGGAUAUGCCACGCUCUGAUGCUGAAGUUAUGGAAAAUCCUCGUGAACGAAGACCCGCUUUAGGACGUAAACGACCUCGUUUUUCUUUGAAACCUAACUCUAGUCAGCCUUCUGUGAUUAUAGAACCCAGUUUAGACAUUGAUAAAUUAAAAGAUCCUGAAGAAUUCUUUAUGGCUUUUGAAAGGGCUGAAAAUGCCAAAAGAGAAAUAAAGAAACAGAUAGGUGCUGUUCUGAUGGAUUUGGAUCAGAAUAUUCAGUCUGUGGCAGCAAGGCCUCGUCGCCCUGGAAUAUCGCGGAGAUCAGUUAAGUACAGACAUUGCUAUUCUACUGUUAUGUCCCCUGUAGAAAGCUUAAAAGAGGAAAUUUGCAGUCCACUUUGUGGCUCACAGCAAGAGAAAUCUGACCCCAAUGUCGAAUUAGAAGAGGAGUUCACUGGCUUGGUGACUAAUGUAGAGAACAAGGUCAAUGACCUUCUGGAUCAUUUGCUUACCAGUAAUUAUGAUGGGGAUGAGGCAGUCAGUCUUCUACAGGAGCACUUGCAGAUCAAACCUAUUGAUCUGGAGAAAAUAUGCCUGCCUGACUUGCAAGAUAUUCGGAGGAUUGAUUUGAAAGCUUCUACAGAAAACUUGCCAAAGCCUAGAAAUUCACUAUCAGACAUACAAAGUUUGAUGAAAGGGACCAGUAAAAGGACACCAAAACAACAGGCUGAAAGUUCAGUUCAUCAUUUAGCUUCUCCCACUCCGCCAAGAAGUCCAUUGGCUUCCAUAUCAUUGCUGAAGAAACAAAUGUUGCAGUCCAACGUACUUAGUGAUCCUUUUUCAACUGAUGAUAUUGACCGAUCACCGAUGAGAAAUGCAUCUCCUAUUGAAAGUAUUAGUAAACAAUCUGAUCAGGUUGAUACAGAAAAGGAACCAAGUUUGUCUCAAAACGAUGAUAGAAGAACACUAAAAAGGCAGGCUGAAAGUUCAGCUCUUCAUUUAGUUUCUCCUACUCCAAGAAGUCCGUUGGCUUCAAUGUCAUUGCAGAAGAAACAGUUGUUGCAGUCAGAUCCACAAAGUGGUCCUUUUUCAACUGAUAAUAUUGAUCAAUCACCAGGGAUAAAUGCACCUCCUAUUGAAACUUUCAGUAAACAAUCUAGUCAGGUUGAUGCAGAAAAGGAACCGAACAUGUCUCCCCUGUUAAGGUCUCCAUUAUUAGAAGCAAAUCAAACUGCAACUGUUAAUGCAAGUUCCGAGUUUGAUAGGGGAGAUUUUGCUGGUCUCUUUGAUAAAUUUAUAAAUGAUAAUGCAAGGAGGUUUGAUUCUGGUAUUAAUGUUGUCUCAAGUGGGUCUCAGGCUGACUUAGAGAAUAACAGUUUAAGCAGGCCUGAAAUUGAUGCCGAUGGUCCUACAAUCAAACCAAAUGAAUUUGGUGGAAGGGAGCAAGAUAUGCCACAAAAAGCAGUUGUUUCACCUCAGAUCCAACUUAAUGUGGAAGGCCCAACUGUUGAUAAUUUGGAUGCCAUUCAGAGAGCGUCAGAUGAAUCUAAUCCUGCUAUGGAUGAGGACCGCGCUAUGGAUAGAUCUUCUAGACCUGCAGAAAGUGAUCAGGUGCUGCACGAGCAACAGAAGGGUAAAACAAAACCACGACCACACAAUGAACGUGAGAUGAAAGCACUUUCUCGAAGACAAAGCCUUGCAGGUUCUGGUACAAUGUUUGAUUUAGAAGGGAGGAGAAGAAGCACAAGGAUCAGGUCAAGACCUUUGGAAUUCUGGAAAGGUGAAAGAUUCUUGUAUGGACGCAUACAUUCAAAAUUUGGUUUUCCUUUGUUUUUGUACAGGUCUGGCAACUGUAAUUGGGAUAAAGUACGAGUCUCCAGGGAAGGUUGAUGGUGGAAACCCUACUCUCAAAGUGAAGUCUUUUGUAAGUGAUGAGUACAAAGAUAUGGUUGAACAGGCUGCCAGGUUUUGAAAUGGCUGUGAUUGGUGUUUAUGGACUGAGUACAUCAUCCUUUCAGGAACUGACCAUUUGUUCACCGGUUCUCUUGUUUCUAUAUAUGGUUGUUCUGCAUUGCUUGUGAAGUAGUAGGGAUUUCUUUCUUGGUGAAUUUGUAUGAUGAUCAAUAAGAUUUGAAAGCUUGACGUGUAGGGGACUUAUGACUACAUAUCCCUAUGUUUAUUUUGAAUUUUUCUCUGUAGCAAUUGAAUUUACCAGACAAACCUGCAUUUUAGAUUUCAAUAUUUUAUUAUCUGUGUCCAAGUUAUAAAGCGAAGACCUGGCUAUUUCUUUUCCCCCAAGCAUCAUAAUAUUCACAGGUCUUGACCACUAUAGCGGAAGGACUCUUGUAUUAUGGUCCAAGUCUUUUAGUUCGUGUCAAUCUUUUGGUUUCCAUUUGGAAUGUUCAUAAACCAUAACUAAGAAGAAACGAUGAUGAGAAAGUGAGAACAGCACAUAUGCAACGUGGUUUGCGGUUUUUGCUUUUCCCAUUCAUUCUUUUCAAUUCAAAUGUAAUUAGUUUGUAAAACAUGUAGGUCCUUUUGUUAUUAUUGUGUACCAUUUUGUCACCUUCUAAGAACGGUUGCGUGCUCCAUCCUCCUCAUAUUUAGCUUCG